UUAACUUUCCACGUAUUGACUGGUACUCCCAGUAAAAGGACUAGAUGGGGUAGGGUUUGUCAAAUGCGUUCAGGAAAGUUUCCUUAAUUAGUGCACAGAAGUCCCAACGAGAGACUUGGGAUACUUGAUCCGCUAUAGGGGAACGAGACAGGACAGAUGACAGAAGUUUUGCGUCUGGUGAUCACAGUGCCAUUAGUUUCAAACUAAGAUAUGUCUGGUCAGUUGAUCAAGAUUCUAAUUUGAAGAAAGGCCAAUUCUGAUGGUAUUAGAAAGGAUCACGUAAAUGUGGAUUGGGACAGGCUGUUUUCUGGCAGAGGUGUAUGUGUUAAGUAAGAGGCCUUCAAUAGUGUAAUAUUGAAAUGAUACGCUGGUCAACAUUAAAUGUAAAGAUAACAGGGCUAGGGAACCUUGGUUUUCAAGAGAUAGUGAAACUCUGAUUAAGAAAAAAAGGCAGGUAGGAACAAAUGAGGUACUUAUGGAGUAUAAGAUAUGCAAAAGAACAAAAUAAAGAAAUCAGGAGGGCCAAAAGAAGGCAUGAGGAUACCCAAGGAAACAAAGUGAAGGAGAAUCCUAAGGGAUUCUAUAGAUGUAUUCAGAGCAAAAGGAAAGCAAGGGGCAAAAUUGGUCCUGUGGUAGAUCAGAAUGGUAAUCUUUCUAUAGAAGCGAAGGAAAUGGAGGAGACCUUAAAUUAAUUUUUUGCAUCUGUAUUUACUCAGGUGAUGGAAAGGGUCUGUCUCCUGAGUAAGUGCAGAUGCAAGAAAUCCGUUAAGUCUAUAGAAGUGAGGCAAAGCAGCAGUGAGGUCAUGGACCCUAUACAGAUUACAGAGGAGGAGGUGUUUGCUGUCUUGAGUAAACUAGGGUGGGUAAAUCCCCAAGUCCUGACAAGGUGUUCCCUUGGACACUGGGAGGCAAGUGCAGAAAUUGCAGGGGCCGAGCAGAGAUAUUUAAAUCAUCCUUAGUGACUGGUGAGGUACCAGAGGAUUGGAGGAUAGCUAAUGUUUUUCCGCUGUUUAAAAACUGCUCUAAAAAUCCUGACAUCAGUCAUGGGAAAGUUAUUGGAAGGUACUCUAAGGGAGUAAAUGAGUAUUUGGAUAGACAUGGAAUGAUUCAGGAUAGUCACAUGGCUUUGUGCCUGGUAAGUCAUGUCUAACCAAUCUUCUAGAGUUCUUCGAGGAAGUUACCAGGAAAGUUGAUGAAGGCAAAGCAGUGAAUGUUAUCUACAUAGAUUUUAGCAAGGUAUUUGACAAGGUCCUGCAUGGCAGGUUGGUCAGGAAGAUUCAGUAGCUUGACAUUCAAGAUGAGAUAGUAAAUUUGAUUAGACAUUAGCUUUGUGGGAGAGGCCAGAGAGUGGUAGUAGAUGGUUGCCCCUCUAGAGACCUGUGACUAGCGGUGUGCCACAGAGAAUCAGUGCUGAUUCCAUUGUUGUUUGCUAGCUAUAUCAGAUAUCUGGAUGAUAAUGUAAACUGGAUCAGAAAAUUUACAGCUGACACCAAAGAUUAGGGGUGUAGCAGACAGUGACAAUCAGAGUUUGCAGCGGAAUUGGUACCAGCUAGAAAAUUCGGCUGAAAAAUGGCAGAUGGAAGUUAAUACAGACAAGUGCGAGGUGCUGCACUGCACUUUGGUAGGACCACCCAGGGUAGGUCUUAUAUGUUGAAUAGUAGGGAACAGAGGAGUGCGAUAGAAUAAAUGGAUCUUGGAAUACAGGAUCAUCUUUCAUUGAAAAUGGCGUCAUAGGUAGACUUUAUUUCUUAGGACAUAGAAGAUUGAACAGAGAUUUGAUCAAGAUAUAGAUAAUUAUGAGAGGUAUAGAUAGGGGUAUUGGAUAGGUACAUGGAUGGCUUAUGGUUCUGGUGCAGGUUAAUUGGAGUAGGCCGUUUAAAUGGUUCAGCACAGACUAGAUGGGUCAAAGGGCCUGUUUUGUGCCAUAUUUUCUAUGAAUCUAUUCUAUCUAUAAUAAGAGAUUUAAAUAAGGUAAAUAAGUCACCUGGAUCAAAUGGUGUGCAUGCCAGGGCUCUGAAAGAGGUGGUUGAAGAGAUUGUGGAGGCAUUAGUAAUGAUCUUUCAAGAAUGAUUAGAUUCUAGAAUGGUUCCAGAAUCUGGAAAAUUGCAAAUGUCACUCCACUCUUCAAGAAAGGAGAGAGGCAGAAGAAAGAACCAGAGAGUGGUGAACCUGUGGAACUCUGAUACGGGCAGCUGUGGAGGCCAAGGGUAGGAGUGGGAAAGUGAGGGGGUUAUCUGAAAGUGGAAAAUUCACUGUCCAUACCACUGACUUGUUGGCUAUCUAAGAGGAAUAUGAAAUGGUGUUCUUUGAGUCUGCAUUUGUGUGCACUGUGGGAAUGGUAAAGGCCAAGCACAGAAUGAGCUAAAAACAGUUGCAGACGAAUAUCUCAACAUUACCCAAGAUGUGACUUUCCUAUGCAAAUGAUGAAAUCAAGAAAAUCCUCUUGAUACAGGCAUUAAUUCUGAUUAUUUCCUGUGAUUCUUUACAAUGGAAUAUCAAUAAAAUUGCUUCACCAUCUAGGAAAUGAUAACAAUGGAUGCAAAUAAGAAUCCAACACUGAACAGAAUGCAUUUUAACCAAGAGACUUUUAUACAAUCGAAAGAGGUGCCAGCUAGGCCACUUCCACUGGAGGAAGGAGAUGCUUUUCACUUAAAUUUAUAUGACUCACUGGAGUCUGAUUCUGACAGUUUAAUUCAAGAGGAACAAUACCAAUUGGAGCUGAAACAUCGCAUUCAGAAAAAUGAAGAAUUGGUUUUUCGGACUUUUGACAUUAAAUUUAAUAUAGAGAAUGGAGAUGAUGAUGAGAAUCUCUAUGAUAGUCUGGAAGAAGCAGAAGUUGAAAAUAACUUUGAUGGAAACAAGUCUGAAACUGACUACAAGAGUAGUGAAGAAGCAAGAAAUCACACCAAUGACAAAUACGCCAGCCUAAGGUAUGAUCCCAAUUGGAGGAAUACAAGAGAGGGAGCAGAGAUUCUUUUGUCCAAAGACACGCUUCAACAACAAAGCCCGCAUGUCAAUAAUUCACUGAUGAAUUUGCUCCAGGAGUCAAAUGACUCAUUAGAGGAUAAUAUUGCAAUAUCCCAGGAACUUAAGCGCCCAGAUUUAUUGAAACAUAAAAAGUUAACAAAUAAUUCUCAUGGAGCUCGGUUUAGUGUGAAAAAAAAUGAUAAUAAUGCGGAGAAGCAAUCUAAAAAACAAAGACCACCUUCUCCUUCUCGCAACUGUGACAGCAAUCAAGAAGAAUGUGAUUCUUUUGACUUUGAUGAUAACAGUACAACUAAUUUGCAAAACCACAAGAAAAUCACAUCAGAAAAUACUGCAAAAAUGGCACCAUGGGUUAAAAAUAGGAAAAAUAAAUGUCACAGUGUUAGAAGUGACAAUGAAGUAAAGGACCAUAAAUAUAGACCUGUUAACUUAUUGGAGCAAAAAAGGCAAAUGGGUAAAUCCCAAGGAGUUAGAUUCAGUUUGAGAGAAAAUGAAAAUAAUGAAGAGAAACAAUCUAAAAGGAAAAGGCCACCUUCUCCUUAUUGUAAAAAUAUUGAAAGCAGUCAAGAAGAAUGUGGCUCUUUAGAUUCUCUUGGAUCUUAUGAUACCAAUAAGAGUGACUUUCAAAAAGAUAUGAAAAUAACAACAGACAACAUUUUGGAAACAGGAUCCCAGGAUGACCAGGGGAAAAAUAAGCAUCUCCAUGAAGAAAAUUUUGAAAAAUUAAAUGAUCACUAUCAGAAAGAGUAUAUGCAGUAUUGGGAGUGUGAGUCAAUACAUAGUGAUGAAAGCACAAAUUGUGUUAAAACCAGAAAUGUCCCUGAGAUCUCCGGUGACAGGAAAUUACAAACAAAAGAGAGAUCAGGGAAUGACAUUGUGGCACGUAAUAAGCAAACCCUGGGUGCACGCAAAAUAACCUCAUAUCAACAAUUAUAUAAUGAAAUGAAGACCAGAAGUACUCAGGAGGUAUCCACAACAAAAAGUUCCAAGACCAUGACUGUUAGGGAAUCCAAACAAAAUACUGUGGAUGGUCAGGAGAACAGUACUGAAAUGAAGUGGAUGCAAAGGGCACAGAGAUUAGAGAACUGCAAGACAAAACAAUUAUCUACUAAGAAAAAAGGAUUGAUGAAUAUAGUGAGAGAGAAACCUCCACGGCCGCCUGAUAAGCCUUCAACUAAACAGCAUGCACAGAAAACCCAGAAGGAAGAGAAGAUGCGACAUAUUGAAGAUGCAGGAGCUCGUCAGAAUAAAAAUACUUCUGAUUUGCUGAUAGUUCAUAAAGAUGAUGACAGUGUUCCAUUAACCCCUAGCAGUGACCAUACAUUUGCAUCAUCAUUACACAGUCAAGUUGGUCCUGCUUUUAUUCCCAACCUUCAGCCAACAGUGAAUCUCAACAUUCAUUUAAAUACUUCCUCAGAUUUUAUCCCAGCUAUAUCUAGUGAUACCACACAAACGACUGUUAGGCUAGUACCAUCACAUCAUCCAAUGAGCCAAGACUCUUCUUAUUACAAAAGCCACAAAGUUUAUAAUGCACUUCAGCCCCAAAAUCCUCUCCCAUAUUUUCAGGACUCUCAAGGGACCAUACACAAUUCACACCAAUACAGCACUGGUAGAUCAAAAUUUUUAACAACUUUGAAUCCACGAGAAAAUGGGCAGCGUCAACUCAUGUAUAAUGUACAAAGUCCUUUUGAAGUACGCCAUGCACAGACUCAUCAUGAUCUAAUGCUCAUUCCGAAAUAUCACCAAGCUGCAUAUGCUAGAACAUUAGUGCCAGGUCUUUACAAUCAACCUCGAUUAAAUCCGAUGCCCUACUCAAUGAAUCAGGAAAAAACGAUGACAGAAGAUCACAACUCUUUUGGAAAGGAAUAUGGGAGUUUAGGGUUCCCUGCACUUCCCUUUCUAUCUUUGCAUCAGCAGAAUUUGGUUCAGUCUACAAGCACGCGACUCAUUCAGCAAAUGGAGAACAUUUAUAAGGAUACACCACGUCUGGCUCACACACACCCUGACUCCCACGUGGUUUUGCCCUCCAUUUAUCCCAUGGCAGAGAGUGAUUCUGAACUGGAUGCAAGACCAAACAAAAAAAUACUACCAUCAAUGAUACGCUGUAACUCGGAUGGCUACUUGGCACAGAUGGAGAAGGUUAAUAAGCUCAAGGAAAAAAAGCACUACAAGCCUUAUACGAUGAGAGACCACAAUAACAUAAAACAGGAUGUGAAACUUGGAGGUUUGGGUCCUGAUUACAAAUCCAUUCAGGAGAAGGCAAAGAAAAUGAAACGGCAAAAGGAAUAUGCAAAGCAAAUUAAAGAACAGAACCUGAGAGAUGGAUGUAAAUCAUCAUCUUCCCCACAGAAACAGCCAACAAGCACUGAGAACAAAAAUAUUAAUUCAAGCUGGAAACUGGCAAAAGAAUAUGCCAAAAACAUUCAUAAGCCAAAACCACUUCCAGCUAAUUCCAAGGUGGCCAACGAGACGCUGGGUAAGGAAAAGUUAACAAAACUUGGUCAAUGUGUACAGCUGGACCCAUCUGAAAAUACAAUGCUUGAGAUGAUGCAGGAUCGACAUAAAAAGGAGAAGCAAAUUGUGGCAGCCUUUAAGGCAAUGCACAUGACCUAAAGAUAAGAAAUAUUUGAAUGUUUCGUAUAUAUAAUGAAUCAUACUGAAAGGUCUUAUAAUGUCACAUUAACAGCACUCUAAGUUUAUAUUGCCUUUUUAAAUUAUCACAAUUGCAUGAGUUAUGUCAAAGAACAAUCAUUCUGUUGUUGAGAAGCAAAUAAUGCUCUGUGCAGUCUACACAAAGAUGGUGAAGGGAAAACUAUGUUUAACUUUUCUAAAAAUAUCUUCCAAUGCAUUUCUUUGAAAUAUCAAACUUAUUUGAAAUAUCAGAAUAUCUAAACACUUAUUUAAAUCAGAUUAAAGGCCAUUUGGGAACCAAUAUUUGCUGUUGUUUCCAACAGUUUUCAACCCCACCUACAGCAUAGCCAUUAAUCAUUUUUAGGCUAUGGGCAAAGUGCAGAGAGAGGAUAUAAAUAGAAGGAUCUUUUUUAAAACAUGACCAGGCACAAAGGGCUUAAUGACUACCUUCUAUUCCCCCGAUCCUCUGAUUUUAUAAUAUACAACUAAACCAAAAACCUUCACUGAGUAAAUUACUUCCAAUAGUAAUUUAAAAAUUAUUUGUCAAAUUAAAGUGGGCAAAUUGUUUGAAAGAUUAAUCAUCUUUGUGAUUGAUCUCACGGUUAGUAGAGAUAACGUGCAUAGAAAUAAUGAUAGAGGCACAGGGUUACUCUGAACUUGUAACUGAGUUCAACAAAAUUAAAUGAGAUAUUACACUGAUGAUAUAACCCUACUAUUGUAGGUAGUUUUACAUUUUUUCCAGCUUAUAUACAUGUGUGUUUUCCUUUGUUAAUUUUAGUGAAAAAGUAAAUUAGAAUAUAAAAUGUAUUCUAUACCAGUGUUAAUCUCUAAUGAUUAUUUUAUUGUAAUUGUAAAAUAUUAUUAUUUCUGUUAUCUUAUUAUUUCAGUUAAUAAGGGUAAAAGCAAGGUACAUUUAAUGUUGUUGCUUUCAAUCCUGCCAGUCCUCGAGGCAGCACUGACCAGUUAGUAACCCAAAUAUCAAAUGUGCACAGGCCUAAGAACUAAUACUUACAACUGGUGUCCUCUCAACCACCCCGAAGUGAAGAAAUAUAAUUAGAUUUAAUAUAAUCACAAAGUGAGUGCAAUACAUAUGACAUCAGAUAAUCUAAAAGCAACUCUCAUCUGUAGACCAAAUAAUAUGAAAACACACUAGACAUAUCACUGCCCCAUUAUUUAUUGGUUUGAAGCAUGAGCACUUUUAUACACAUUUUGUUCUACUUCCAUAGGUGCUAAAUGUAAUUUUAACUUACAGUUUUACAUUUCUUUUUAAAUCCCAACUAAUUUCAUAAUGUUCAACUGCAAAAGGUGCAUGGACAUAUAUUUAUCAGUUAAAUAUAUGAUAAAUAGAUCUUAAUCUUUUCAUCUUCACAAACAUUGAUCAUUCCAAUGAUCCUUUUUGGAUUUAGUAGCCUCUGAAUCACAAAGUCUUAAAACAGGUCACAUUCUAUGACCUUAGGAUAGAAAUUGAGAUUGACUCUUCAGUGUAAUAUUGAGAUAGUGCCAUCCUGUAUUUUGGUUGAGAUAUUAAGGCAAAGCCGCAUCUACACUUCCAUUUAAGCAUAAAAGAUCAAUGCACUAUUGAAGAUGAGCAGGAGAUGCAUCCAGUCCUCUGGCCAAUACCUACCUCUCCAUCAACAUUACUAAAGUAUUUUAUAUUAUUAUCACAGUGCUGUUUUGGGAGCAUACUGUGUAAUGAUUUGUUUUCCUAUUUCUGCGUUAUUAUAGUGACUAGACUUCAAAAAUACAUCAUUAGUUCUAAGUUGCAUUGGGUUUGAAAGACACUACUGUAUAUGAAAGCAUUCUUUUAAAAAACAUUUUACUUAAUUAUAUAAAUCAACUUACUUGAUAUAAAGGAUCUUUUGCAACCUUGUGUGAAUAGAAAACACAUCAACCUCAUUGAUACAGACUAAUGACCCAUACAAUUGAACAAGAUCACCAUUUCAUGAACUAGCGCAAGGUUAUUGCUUACUGUUGGUAUGCCAAAUGGAACAGUGAGAGAAAGUAAGAGAAACUGAGACAAAAAAAUGUUUAAGCACAUGUGUAUUACAAUCUCUAACAUUCAUUAAAUACCUAAAAAAAUCUAUUCUGUAUUUUAAGUUAUUAAAAUCAGCCCAUAAUCUCAAUGUGCCUGGACUUUUUUUCUGAUAAGACUACUUAAAGUAUGAUCCAUUAAACUUUACAUGGACCGGAUUGAUUCAACUCUAAUUUCAUAUACUAUUUCUUGAUGAGAAGUGUUAAUGUUUCAAAAUAUAUUUUUAUGAAUUAUUGUAUUUGUUCAUUAUUUUAAUGUUUAAAAUACUUUUAGUUUUUUGCUAUGUAAUUAAAGAAAAUAUGAUCAGAUUGUGAACCCUUCUCUGUAUUUCAAUUAAAUUAAUUGUACUCUGUUUUCAAAAUGGUCUCAAAUUAUAUUAUUAUUAAUUUGUUGAAUAAUUUAAGUUGUUACAGACAUCAUUGAUUUUGGCCGGAGCCAAAAUGUUGUAAAGAGUACUUCUAUGAUGAUGUAUGACUGGACUGGUGUCAGAAAUAUCAGGGGCUGCGAGAAUUUGGAUUUUGCUUUUAUAAUGUAUGGUGUUAUGACUUUUACUUUGGAUAACAUUAUGUGAUCGUGUCCAGCUUUCUGACUGUGUAAAAUCCACUGACCCUCAAUGCAACAUUGAGCAUUCACUUGCUUUUGUAGACUUUAAGCAACGUAUCUGGCCUUUUAACCUCUCUAAUAUUCUGUGCUUUUCAUUGCCCGUGACAUUUAAGGAAAUUCACUGAGACAAGUUAAUAGUCUUAACUUUUCUCCCCUGUUCUUCUGUUAUAGAUGUUCUCUUCUUUCCCACUUUCUGUGUGCCUCUCUAGCAUUAAAUCUGGUACAUCUUUCUCGCCUAUUUUCUAUUUCCAGUGAAUUAUCAUCAGCAUCAGAUGCUGACUGUUAAACCCUUCACUGAUUUGUCUUGACCUGGUGAGUAUUUUCAGAGUUUUCCAUAUUUUGCACUUCUAAAUUUUAUUUUAUUUAGAGAUACAGUGUAGAACAGGCCAUUCUGGCCCAACAAGCCACACUGCCCUGCAACCCACCUACUUAACACCAGCCUAAUCACAGGACAAUUUACAAUGACCAGUUGACCUACUAACUACACAGUCACAGGGAGAAUGUACAAACUCCUUACAGAUGGUGCAAGAGUUGAACUCUGAACUCCGGAACACCCUGAGCUGUAAUAACAUCACACUAGCCACUUACUACCAUGGUGCCUCAAUGUUUUGGUGAGCAAUCACAUGUAUUUCACCACAUCAAGAGACAUGCAUUGCUUAAGUCACAUUUUAAAGUAGACUGAUAAGUCAGAGAAGUCAGAUAAGUAAUAUGAAGAAAGAAUGUAAUUUUUUUUAAAUAAUGAAAAUCACAGAUGCAUGAGCGUAAAAACUAUUUCAGUGGAUUUGUGAACAUAGAACUUUAGAUUCUAAUCUCAAAUAAAACUGCAGUUUAGAUUUUUUUCUCUGCUUGUCUAAAGCAGAAAAGGGAAAAUGUUGUGUAUUC